AUUUAACUUCAUAUGCUUAAUGAGAGCAGCCAUGCUGAGACACGUCAUUAAAUGUGAAAAUUCUGAAAUAUAUCUUCGAGUAUUAUAGAACGAGCUUGUCUCCUAUCACGAACAACGUUUCGUUUCGUAAUCGCAAAUAUGUGGCGCCACUAUCGUCGGCAUUACCAACGUUCACUAUCGUAAAAGAUCUACUUCAAGGAAAUGUUUUCUUUGAACAUCCUGUGUUUUCGUGAAUUUCUAAGCGUAGUUCAUAGUGGUUGUACAAGAUACGCGAACAACGCGUAUAGAAAAAUUGUAAUGUAAAGCGAUAGGCUGUUUCACGUGGCACAUGUACCGGUUAUAAGCUUGGCGCGAAAACUUUCUUUCAAGGAGCGCAUCGGAUCCCUGGGCAUACAACGCAGCGAGAGGAAGGAAGAAAGAGGGAAAGAGAAAGAGUGAAGGAUCGAGGGUAAGGGGUGUCAGGGGAUCUCGAGCAACUUGGCACGUCCGCGUACGGAGGCAACAGUGCUGGUGGCAGCACAGACGCUCGUUGAUGAGCGAACAAUUCACUUUGGUGCGUGGUUUCGCGACGUUGUUUCACCUGAUCGGUGUCGUGAAAUAAGGGUGUGCAUAUGUACGUACGUAACGAACUGAUAAAAUGUAUCUGUGACAUUUUUACCUGUUCGGUUUUCUUAAGUUAAAACGAUCAAGUGUCGUUGCGGUGGCACGAAGAGUUGGUGGCUGGUGCGCGCCGUGCGUGCGGUUGAUCAGAGCGUAUACCGCUGCCUCUCGUCAAUUUGGUGGGAGAGUGAGAGUGAGAGGGAGGAGGGGUUUCCCGUCCUCCUCUUCUCUCGCUAAAAUCGGCUGGAUUUUUGAACAGGGAGGAAAAACGACUAAUCUCAAUAGAAAAAUAUGGAGAUAUCGAAGAGUUUGCAAGAAGAAAUACUCACUGUGCAAACUAAACUGAAAAAUGCCAUACGCGAUCAUCAGAUCUGUGUGGGCAAAUUGAAGGAUGAUCCAAACAAUACAGAUAUCCUUGGUCAGAUACAAAAGAUUCACUUGCACAUCGUAUCUUUGGGAAGGUGCCAGAAGCAAGUUGUCCAGCGGCUGCGCAAAGAGGUCGAAACAUUCAAAGCGGAGAAUGCGAACGGGGCAAAAGUUUCCAUCGCGUCGCUUCUUGGCUUGAACAACAAUAAUCAUAUUACGAAUAACAAUGAAACAAAACAUAAGACCGGCAGCAAUGACUUCACCACGAAGAGUUCGAAAGAGGACUACGAGGAGAUCGUUAGAAACGGAGAUAUUCUUUUGCCUACGCGAAAUCCCGCACCUACCAAGGAACGGCCCAGUUCAGUGGAAACGAUUUCCGGUGAGGAUGAUGUUAUCGAAGUUUCCAUGGAUGAGAACUCCAACGAGAAAUCCGAGAAGGAAGAGCCAGAGGCGUGUAAAGUUGAGUCGACUGAAAAAGUUAAUUUCUUAAACAAUCUUGGUCUCAUUACCACCAAAACAUGCGCCGAAUUGCAAAACAAGAGGGCUGAAAGAAAACGUCGAAGUACUGCUAAUCCGCAAUUUGUUUAUUCCAAUCUUGAAGUGCCAACGAAACGAAAACGACACUCGUACCUGCAAUCUGGAAAUGUUCCGCAAACUCGUCAAACGACUGCUCGUAUGAAUGGCCCAUCGCCACCUCCUGUUAAAGCUGUGCCACCAACAAAAUCUACGUCACCACCAACGUCGAGGACAGUGAUGAAAUCUUUGAUUCCGGUUCAAAAGUCCAGUACACGACCGAACAUACUUCGGAGUGUAACUGAAAGCAAAGUUUUCCCCAAUAAAAAUAAACUCGAAAACGGACCUAGUCAAAUUCAGAUGCCUGUACCUACUGUAAAGUCUAUUCAUUCGGUUGGCAACAAGGCCGUUCAUAUACCUGGCUUACCUUCCAGCCUCACCAUCGAGAGGAUUAGUAGUGAUUCAGCAGUCUGUAUAAGUUGUAGAAAUCCAGGAACGUUAACAGUAUGUGAAAGUUGUGCAUCAAAUUACCAUGUUUCUUGCCACUCCGUAUCACCAGCUCCACCAAGAAUAUGCCCCAAAUGUGCGGUGAUAGACGAGGAUGAAAUUGAAGACGGUGAUGAGGGGGAGGAAGACAAAGGAUGCCCAUCUUUUAAAAAGGACGAGGAAUUCGCUACAGCAACGCUCGCGCCAGGAAUUAUUAGGAAAGCAAGAGAAGACGCAGAGAUCUAUAAAACGGCUUGUGGACUUCAUAAAAUUGAUGCAACUCAGAAAAAGCGGGGAUUCUCCUCCUCCAUCGGCAUCGGUCAGCUUCCCUCCUCAACUUUCCUCAUCCCAAUCUCCUCCAAUAGCGUCAACCAGUCGGAUGUUGGGCCUUCUACAACAAUCAGUAGUGACCAUCGAGAAAGUACCGUGCCCUACUCCUCCAUUGUCCUCAACCAGCUGCCUCGAUCAAGCUUUGCCUACAUCGACAGCACAGAACCACAAGUGUCCUACGCCUAUCAGUUACCAGUCACCAGUGUUCAGUCAGAAAAGCAUCAAUCAUACCUUAUCGUCAAAAAAAUCACAGAACCACCUAGAAGAACAAGCCAGUCUUCCGAAGACCAGAACCACACCACAGUGCUCAACUAUAAACUGCCAACCACAUCAGGCUACAACUCUCGCGUUCAGACCGAAAUCUCUGUCUCCGACUCCCCUAUGUUCAUUAAUAAGCAGUUGUCUGACUCCAUCAAUCGUAACCGUAAAAAGCAAACAAACCGCGCAGUACCCGCCCUCAACCGUAUCAUCGACACCGAGAAUCUCUCCAUCACGGCAAAAUACCAAUUGGAACGAACAACUCUCAAUGGAAGAAAGCCUAAGACCAGACAGCAAAGAAGGUUCGGUUUCAAUCCGCUGCGAACCACCAGGGCCACAGAAAUCUUGCUACCUUCCUGCGAUAGUACAGAAUCCGAUAAGCAGUUACAAAUUACAAAAUCAACCGAGCCAGAGGAAACAACCCUGUUCAGUAGUCGUGCAAAGUACAGGCCAAGAACCGGUGGUCUUCUCCACUCACUGUUCUCAGGCCAUAACAAGUCCUAUAUCCUCACCGAUAAUUCUCGAGAAUCACGAGACAUCAGCGCAGCUAACAAAGAUCUCUCAAUCGGUCGGCAACAGUUGUAUCAUCAAAGCUACCAACUGGAAUCAGGCGAACGAAAUGAGCCAGUCCAAUUACAGCGUGGUGCCCUCACAAAAUUCUUCGAGCACGUGAAAUUGGAAGAAGCGCAUAUACCAGCGCCAUCUAGAGCAAAGCUAGUAUACAAAAGCGGUACUACUUCCGAAAGGAAUGAAGUUGAAGUUACCGAAGUCGCGAACGAAGAAACGAAUAAUGACAGAUGUGCCACCAAGGCAUCCUCGUCAUCCAGCAACAACUUCGUUGAAAAUGAUUUCGUUGAUCGAGAGGUCAAACAGACCAAUUGGCUCUCGAGCAAGAUCUUAAUGAAGAAAGGACAAAAGAAUGAUAAUACGAUCAAGAACGUUGAAUCGCAAGACUCUGCUUCGAAUUCGGCGAAAUCGAACAAUUUUAUCACCUACGGACGCAAACGCGGCAAUACGUACGUUAGAGUUGAAUGCGAACCUGAUGACGAUGAGGACGCAUUAACUGAUGCGUUUCAAAAUGAUGUGACUUACACGCGCAUCAGAUCUCUGACGGAAAUUGUAUCUGAGAAUCGGAAGGAUCGGCAAGAUUCAGUAUCUAUUUGUAACGCACAAAACAAUUUUUUGGAGCUUCGUAACGAGGUCUCAGUUCCUGAUGAUAAGGCUGAUUCCGAGAGACAAGACUUAUCUAGUGGCAGGUGUUCAACCAGCACCAACAGCACUACCAGUACGAGUGACAGCGAUACUCCGGAACAAGCGAUGAACGACUCUGUUAAGUAUUCUCGACGACGAUUAUCUGGAAACGAAUACAAAGAACGUCUGGGCAUUAAUGCUGUAUCCUCUGAGAGUAUGCAAGUGCUCGAGCAAUUUGAAUCGGCUAUGCUGGAGACAGGAUGUAGCAAUGCUGCCACUUGCUAGAGUUAGAUUAGAAUGCGUUAUUAACGCAUUGAUUAUGCUCAUUGCUGAAAUUCUUUCCUUUUGUCGAUGAAGUUGAUUAUUUCUUAAAUAUUUAGUUUUUUUUCCAUAUGACCUACGUUACAUUUGAGGAGGAAAUACUUUUGAGGUAAAUUCGCAAAUCUGUUCCGGACAUGUUUAGGAUGGGUUACAUUACUCGUGACCGUUACUGAAUUUCUUAGGCAGUUCCUACUUUAUAUACUGCCUUCAGAAACAUUGCUGUCGUUCGUGUUUCGUUUGUAACAUGAGGAUAAUGAUGAUAACUAAACCAUUACGUUUCACUUUAUGCAGAUACAUUGUCUUACAAUUAUUCUUCUAUUAAUUUUGUUAGCCAUUUUUUUUAAUUUAUUGAUUGUUGUUGAUUCAUUAGAUUUUCUUGUCUUGAACUUUCCGUAAUGAUUAACAAUGUGCGAGGACCAAGUUUGAAUUUCUUCCAAUUCAAUGAUACAAUUUGACAAAAAGGUAAUGGAAAUCUUGGAUCUUUUGUGUAAUUUGUACACAAUUGUAUGAUUAGAACGUUAAUUCAGAAGGAUAAUGAAAAAUUAUGACUUUUUAUGGAUAGUGAAAUUAUUUAUACUAAGUUUUAAAAAAAGGCUUUAAAUGCCGUUUCAUUGAUAUUUUCAAUCUCGAUGAGUAGGAAACACGCACAUAUCUGACAGAUACUGGGCGAUUUAUGGAGGGCUUAAAAAUAAGCCUAUGUACGUAAGUCGAGUCAUAUUACCAUACUGCCUUAAUAGUAAUUUAAAAACGAUACUUUUUACAAUAAUUUCUUAUGGAUAAGCUCGAGAAACGUGUACGACUUAGUAGACUGAUUUGAAUGUCGCCAUAUUGAAAUUAAGAAGAAGAACAGAAAGAAAGAAAAGAUAAUCAAAACGCGUUACCGUAAUCGAAAACCUAGACGUUAAGGUUGCGUGUACGUUAAGUAGAUAAAACGUUAUUAAACAUUAAGCAACUUGCUACCUUAAUUUUCAGAAGUUUCCUGCGAAUGAAGUGUGAAAAAAGGAACUGAGUUUUUUUUCAUUUUUUAAUGCCUUACAUCGAAGUAAAUGCCUCGACGAAACUAAAGGUUACUAUUAUUUUUAUUUAAUCAUUUAUUAAAUUCUUAAGCAUUUUCUUCGAUAAACCAGUAUAAUAUAUUUAGUAUAUUUCAAUCCGCGAAGGAUGUUUUUCAAUAAUUAGAUUGUGUCAGAUGUUGCAAUUUAUAUAGCGGUGAAUUAAUCAUUAUAUUAUCGUUGAGAUAAUUUGUCCGAUUGAAAAUUAUGCGAUUGGACAUUACGCAGUCACGUUCGUUGAUCUAUUUAUUCCAUUUUCAUUCUCCUUUUUGCGGCACUUACCGCCAGCUUGUCCAAUACAUUUAAGUAGUGUAUAGAACGACAAAAAAAAAAGAAAAAACAAAGAAAAAGGAAAUUGUUAUGCAAUGUAGGCAACGAGAUUAAAAUCGAAAUUCGUAUUUUUAUGAAUAAAGUGAAACUGAAAUAUAAUAAAAAUUCUAGAAUGCAAAUCUUUACUC